CGUCCCCCACCACUGAAAUUUAGUAAACUACUCAUCAAUGGGCCUUUGUGCGUGCAAAAGAAGAGAUGUUCCUGAACACGUGUUGCCAGUUGUGUAUAAUUCUCCAAAAUAUCCUGCAAAUACAAUCGAUAAUCCCCUCGUGAACUUGCACCAGUGAGAGUGAAUUUAAUAACUAAAUCAUCAAAUGAUAAUUGAAACGUGUCAAGAUGUAUUGUGGACCAGAGCCUGGAAGUGUAAAAUGCGAGAUAACCUGGACGAAAGUCAAAAACACCAUACCCCGGCGAAUGGAGGGUGACUCCCUGAUUCAUCUCUUGACUGCAAAAAAAAAAUUAAAGAGACGAACAAAAUUGCUGAACUAUCACUUGCGAAAGCAUGUGAAUAACACAAUUUCCUAUGCUAACUAUAUUAAAGCAAAAACAGCGAUUCUGAGAAGUUUGUCGGAGGACGAAGAGACGAGUGAUUCUGAUGUAACUGAUGAUUUAUCAAAACGUCAUGGUGGGGCCCGCAAUUCAAAGAAUGCUGCCCUUCGAAGCCUCAUAGAGGAGAUGAUACUGGAGUCUCCGGGUUCAGCUGAUGAAUUCGAACCGAAGAGAAAAUGUGGGGAACACACGGGACGGAGAAAAAGGGAUGGAUUGAGGGAUAAUCCUAAGAGACGGAAAAAUUCAGAAACCACUGCAUCAGAGUCUGAAUGGGAAAAAGCUCCAGUCGCUGUUGUGAACAGAUCCAGGGGAAGACCCAGAAAAUAUCCCUUAGCUACGAAAACUCCAGUAAGGAGAGCAGGUCGUAAGUCAUUGAGGUCAAGUAUGAUUAGAGGGAAUUGUCAAGAUGUUGAAGGAUCGAGAGAUUCUAAUGUCGGUAAUGAAUCAGUAAUAUCAUACGAUGAAUCCUCCACGAGAGAUUCCGAGUCAAGGAGAAUUGUUGGAGAGAGAAAUUUAGAUGUUGAGGAGGAAUCAGGGGACUUGGAUUCGUCGAGUGUAAUUAGAAUGAAGCUUCCAGAUAAAUUACGUAGAAGAAAAUCGAAGUCGAGGACAGUUAAUGGUGAGAAAGAAUCGGAUGUUGAUGAUGAAUCAGACCAAUCAGACUCCUCAAUGUUGACAGAGGGAGAUAAACCUGAAGCCGUUGAAUAUUCAACGAGAUCCAAGGUUAUAGCUAAGAAAAGACGUUCGAUUGUUGAUGAGUUAGAGACACCAAGGUCUUCGACUUUAAAUCAAGGAAAUAAAUUUGUAGAUGUUGAUUCCCUCAGGCGAAAGUUAAUGUCGAGAAAAAUUACUGAUCGGUCAGAAAACUGGAAGUCUUCAUCUCCAGUUAAAAGAGGGACAUCCCAAGAUGAUCAGUGUUCUACGCGGGUGCUAAGAUCGAGGACAAUUAGUUUGGAGGAAAACACAAAUCUUGAUACAUCGGGGGCAUUAAAAUCUCCAGCUCCAAUGACAACAAAUAAAUCCCCCGUUAAAUCUCUCAGGAAAACCUCGACAUUGAGGUCUCUCAAAGAAAAUAAUUUGGCUGUUCAGGAUACAUCCAACAAAUUUGAAUGCUCAACUGCAACUGAAAAACGGAAAUCCCAAAAUUCUAAGUCUUUUGAGAAAUCCGUAAAGUCCCGAGCUAUUUCGGACAAAAGAGAUUCAAAUGGUUUUCAUGAAUCAAUUGAAGAAAUAGUAACACCUCAGCAGAGAACUGAUACUGUUCCAAUCAUAGCAACGAAUACAACAGCAAUCAAGAAUUUCAAUUCCUCUAAUGACGUGAACAGUCACAUUUUCGAAAAAAUAUCAAGAAUGAUUUCCAACGGUGUUGACCCUCAUCUAGCAACUGAUGCCAGUAAAAUAUACUCAACCGAUGGUUCGACGAAUGGACAGGAGACACCCGGAGGUUACAGCACUGAUGCCGAAUUUCGAACCCCCCAAACAUCAGACUGCGAUAUAAGUGAUGAAGAGGAGAAAAAAAAUCAGACAUUCGAGAAUUCCAUGGCGAAUAGUCCAGAAUUUCCUUCAAACGUCUCUGGAGAGAACUCAAUGGAUAAUAACGACAUGUUUGAAGAAGAAAAAGUAAUUUUCCACUCUCAGUUGAGCAUUGUUGACUCGUCUAGUUACAUUGACAGCCAAAAUGAUCACACUGAGCGCAGACACUCUCCAAAGUCUCCAGUAAAAAAUUCACUCAUUUGUCAGAAUGAUUCUUUACAAGAUAAGAAGGUUGCUGAUGAUUUGGGGAUGAAUGGAGUCCCUGAUAUGUCCAACGUGGAAGACUCAAAAUUGGGCAUAUUGAACAACGAGAGGGAGGACCGUGUUUCUGUUGGAACAGAUUCAAUUGUCGUCACAUUCACUCAAGAAUUUGAUGCGAAAGAGGAGAAAGCAACCGAAAACCUUGAAGAAUAUGUGGAAAAUGCUGUGAAAGCCUACGAUGAGAGAUUCGUUGCCACAGCGAGUCCUCCCACUAAUCAAAGAAAAAAUUCAUUCAAAGAAUUCAGAGCCUCAGGAAACGUCGUCGAAAAAAUAAAUGAAUCGAAUAAUUCAGUUUCGAAAGGCACAGAUAAAUCCACUGGAAAGGCAUCGAUUCCUUCAAGAUCAGUUAAGAAGAUUGUCACGAGUCCUAAAACUCCUGAAGACGUGAAGAGGAACCUGAUAGCUGUAUUGGACAACGUUUCAGACGAGUCGUCACUCGGAAAUGUUGAAAAUACGGAGGACAAUUCAAAUGUCCUUCAGAAUAAAGUCAACACCCCUGACGCGCCAACGUCAAGUGUAGAUGGGGAUGCGUCUCGACCUGGGGAUGAAUUCCCAGUGGCUCCAGCUGAUUCUGGGAUCGAUGAGGAGUCCCAGAACAGCUCCCCCCAAGAAUAUCGAAAUUUCGGAGAAGAGAAACUCAAAUCUGAGAAAAACACUGGAGGCUGUUCUGCAUCGAAGAAGAGGGAAAAGAAAAUAGUCCAAGACGCUGAAGAAAGUAAAACUCAGAAGAAAGCUGAAGUCUCUCCAUCGAAGAAAAUCGCGAAUUUGAAGAUCACCUGCACAGAAGUCGUAAAGUCUAAAUAUCUUAUAAUAAAGAAUCGAGAGAACGGAAAUGGGAAUAACCGGUCUUCUGGGGGAAGUCCAACAGCUGGAAAGAAGGUCGUGUCUAGAUCAACGGGGCCGAAAUCGCCAGGUUCAGCCCAACAAUCUCUGCAUGAGUCUGAUGAUGAGGUCAGAGUUCGGUACGGAGAAACCUCAGAUGAAGAUCUCUACAACAAUUUUUCGUCCUUUGGUUAUCAGGUGAACAGUUAUAGCAUUAAUGGAAAUGAUAACGAGGCUUCAGACUCGGCAUUUCCUUGUCGUUCUCAGGAAGAUGAGGAAUGGGAAAGAGCGAGAAGGGAGAAACGAAGGUCUCUGGCGGUUGCUACUGAAUCCGAAUCGUUAAAAUAUGUUUUGAAUCAUCUCCCUGCUCAGGGGAAUCAAAUGGUUGGUGGCUGUGAGGAGAAAGAGAAUGCUCUCGAGGCGGAAUUGUUGGUGCGGAAGCAGUUGGAGUCUGAGACCGGACUGGAAAAUGAAGGGGAAGAGGGUGCAGUCCGCUCGAGACCCACCAACAUCCUUGAGUUUAUUGAAGGAACACAUAUGGUUCCCCUGGAGGCGGUUCCAUCCUUCACUCUAGGGGACAUUGGAGAAGAUGAUGAUAUUUAUCUUAUGGAAAUUCCCAAGUCCGUAUUGCAACGGAAUUUGGUGGGCCAGAGGUUGCGGCUGGGGGAGAAGAAGAUUGUUUUUGGCGAAGGUCGAUACCAGAUUCAAAGAAAAGAGGCCGCGGCAAUGUCUUGUAUUCUACAUCGCGGGGACAAGAGAAAUCGGUAUAAAACAGGAAUCAUCGAACCCGUGGAUCACAUCAUCGUUAGGCAGCAAUUCAAGGAUGAUAUCAUGACGACACCUAAGAUUGAAGUAGAACCAGGGAUGUCCGUGCCAUUCCCCAAGAACAUCAAGUCUCGAAAUCCGUUAGUCCUCGGAGAUCAGACAUCGACCAGUAAUCUACUGGAGUCAACGAGGAUAGAACAUGAGGAGGGCGAAGUCCGAGGAGAACAAGUCUCCAAUAGUCACCGGAAAAAACGACGUGCCAGUGCAACAUCAGAUGAAUCAGAGAGAAUCAGCAGUGGUGAAAAAUGUAAAAGGCCUCGAGUUCUCAUCGCAGCACACGAAGAGGACGCAAUCGAAGAUCAGGAGCAUUCACAUGAUGAGUCAAACAUUGCGAAUCGACGGAAUAUCAAGGAUAAAAAGGAGUCCAAGAGGCUCAGGAAAUUAUUCUGUGAACAGGAGUCCUUGAUUGAUAUUCCGAAUGAUUCAUGCGUGGAAGACAAGACAAAAAAGCGAAGAAAGAGAUUGUCAGAAAGCUCUUAUAAAUGUGAAGAUCUUCCCACUGUAACGCAUGAGGAAAUUAUGUCAGAAUCGGAAAACAAGGGGAAUAACGACGAAGCUCAAAUUUCGAAAAGGAGUUUCUAUGCCCAAAUGAUGGAAGAUUCUGACUAAUUGUUGCUCUAAUUUUCCUACUUAUAGGAAACUUUUUGUUUUUUCUUUCAUUAAAGAGAAGAAAAAAAGUUGUAAAUACUAUUAAAUAUGAUCAGAGAUAAUGUGAGAAGGAAUUCACCUAAAUAUUUUUGCAAUGGCCUCAUUUCCAACUUGGAACCUGUAUAAUUCAUGUUCCAUUUACAGAUAUUCAACAUAAUAAUAAACAUUAAAUGUCAUUAAAAGUUUACGUUUUUGAACCCUCAUGACCGCCUCCUGAAUAUUAUUUUCUCUCCGAAGCAAUUGGAAACAUCGUAUGACUACGUUCACGACAUUUCCAAUUCGAAUUCUCCCGCCGAUUAGAGGUUACCCCUUCUCUCGAAUCUGAAAUCGUUGUUUAUUUUUCUGGGACAAUCACGAGGAAAAAAAAUUGGUUGUCUCCGUGAUCGCAUACGGAAUAUAAUAAGUCAGUUGACGUAGUGGUAUUCUGAACAUUUAUCGUCGCCUGAAAACUUUACCCAACCUGUAAAGGAAGAAGAAAACACGAAAAGGUUGAGUGACAACCGACAUACGGUGCAUUUGUUUAGUUCAUUGGAUUGGAUAUAAUAAUUAGAGUUCUACGGAAAUUACCGAAGACAAGGU